UGUACACACCCCCAACGUCAUUUGAAGGCACUGGCUGCGUCUUGAACUCGUUCUGCUACAUCGUCAUCGGGCGACCUGUCGGACGGACCAAAAGUCAAACGCGUCGCGAGGCCGUGGAAACCGGAGCCGUGCCAAGGCUUCCAAGCUCGGCACGACGCGAGCCAGGUCCAACUUUGACGCUCUCAGAUGGCUCGGCACCACUUAAUACGACCUCAGCUCGAUGGUUACUCGCGUGGGGAGUCGUCAAUGUUGACACCUACUGUAGAACCAGGUACUAGCAGCGUUUUAUCCUGGCCGCUGGCAGCUGCGGGGCUUGCCGGGCGGCCACCUGAACCGGACCAGAGCCUCUCAACCCUCCUUCAACCUUCGCCCACCCCUUCUGAAUCUUCUCUCAAAACGCCCAAACUGGCCAGGCCUGCCACUCAUCAUCGUCUCUGCCCGCCGCUCCCGCUGACGCCCUCAUACGACAGCCCCUCCAGGCCCUGUUUCCGCACCGGCAGCAGCCAGCGGCAGCCCACUGAUGCGCAACGGCUCACAACUCAGCUGCCCACCACAUGCUGGCCCGGGUACCCCCUUGAGUUUCAAUCGUUGUGAGGCUUCCGAACCUUCGUCGAGUGUGGAGAUCGACGGAUCAGCGGAGGCUGAGACGGGGCAAGGACACGGGACCCCUGCGGUGUUGUGCUUCAGGAACCAGGAACAGGGGGCCAGCCACAUCGG